AUGUUAGGAAAAGGCCACCAUCUCCUAUCAGAAGCGCCUUAUGAUUUCGCGUUCGCCGCCCGAUCCACUCUCCGAUCUCUACGCAGCUCUCAACUCAAAUACGCAGCCUUCCUCGUCGGCCAAGCCACGACAGGCACCAAAAACGACCUGACAGACCGCCUAUACACCCACCUCCUCCAAGACUACCGUCUCCCUAGCGACCGCGCGCCACCGGGAACCUUCAAAGCCCAGCGGAUCAUCAGCGUAGACAUGGGGAUCCGGAACCUGGCCUAUUGCGUCCUGGACCAGCCUCAGCGACACCUCAAGCACAACAGUAUGCCGACAGUAACGGAAUGGAAACGGCUAGACCUACUCUCUACCUCCCCCACCCCUGCCGGCCCGAAAACGGAACCCACCAUCUCAAAGCCUCCGACGAACAGCAAAGCCCCAGCAGCCAAGCGCGCAAAGACACCUCUCCCAGAAGACGCCUUCACCCCCUCCUCCCUCUCCCGCCUAGCCCUCACCACCUCCCUGACCCUCCUCUCCCACCACCCUACCACCAUCCUGAUCGAACGCCAGCGUUUCCGCUCCGCCUCCGGCGCCGCCAUCCAGGAAUGGACCGUCCGCGUCAACAUGCUCGAGGCGAUGCUGUGGGCGUGUCUCCGCACGCUCCAGACAGAACUUCCUCCUUCUUCCUCCUCCUCAAACUCUUCUACCACCACCGACAGCAUACCUGCCCCCCCGCGUCGCGAAAUCCUGUCGGUAAGCCCCGCGCGCGUGGCGAGUUUCUGGCCGUCAUCGCACAACCGCGUGAGUCUGAAACCGACGCCCUCCAUUUUCGAGCCCGGCCGGAGGACGAGCGAGGAGAAAGCGGGUACGGAGGUUGUCAGGGCGGGGAGGCAGAAAGUCUCCAAAACCGACAAGAUUGCCGUGGUGAGGCGCUGGCUCUCGCUCUCCUCCGCAACGGAUUCUAAUCCUGAUCCCGAGUCUGGCUCCACUGCCGCAACGCCCUCGUCAGCAGAGGAAGGGGAUGACGUGUCACUCUCCUUCUCCGGGCAAGCGGCGCAGAUCGCACGGCUCUUCCAGACUGACGCAGACGGCCCACGGCGGGGAAGGCGGAGGAGGAGAGAUGUAGAUGAGGGUGAGGAUGAGCGUAAUGGCGAGGCUGGCGGGGAGGUCGUGGAUGGAAAUGGCAAUGGCAAUGGCAAUGACAGGGGUAAGUUGGAUGAUCUCGCCGACUGCCUCCUGCAAGCCGCGACGUGGGUGCGGUGGGAGGAGAACAGGCAGGAGAUGGCGGAACGGCUCGUGUCGUCUGUCGGAGUUGCCGGGGCGUGGUGA